UUGGGAUUCGAUUGGGGGCCGUUUGCUCCACCGAUUUGAACCGUUGGUUUAAGCCGCAGCUUCCGGAGACUGAUUUAAUAAGCUGAAUAAGUUUCUUAACGGAGAGAAAUGCCGAAGAAAGUUCUGAAAUUAACAGUGCAUCUGAAAAUCCAGGCGGUUACAUGUCCUGGAGUAUACCUACUGGAAAAGGAUGAUGUCUACGUCAGUGUAUGCAUGUUAGGAAAAUUCCAGAAAACCAGAUUUCUCCCUUCUGUCUUUCCAUUGACCUUCAAUGACAAAAUGAAGUUUGAAAAGAGCUUUCCAGAAGCUAUGAAUCCAGGGGAUGUUGCAGACAUGCUGGAAAUGGACACAACAAAAUUUGAAUUGAUACAACUGACUCCUCCAGUGGGGGAAACGCUAUCUAUUUAUGAGCAGAACACCCGGGAGUUUCUAUAUCCUGGUCGCAGGUUAACACCAAGCUAUCCAGGAAUGGACAGAGAACUGUUAAUGAAAAGAUCAAUUAAUUUCCCUGGUAUAGCCCCCCGACUAGAAUUCUCAACAACGUCAAUUAUCAAAGAAUGCCCACUCAACCCUAUACAAGUAGAAUAUGGGGACUCUGUGUGGACUCCAUCCCCUGAGCACAGCCAGGAACUUCCCAGUCAAGUUCAGCCAGAGGAUAAUAUGAAGUUGGAACCACAGACCUCCCCGGUCAGACAAUCCAUGACAAAAUCAUCUAAGAGAAAAACUUGCCUUGCAGAAUGCCCGAGAAAGUUCAGCAAACAUAACCACUACAAGGAACCCACAAUAGCAUCCCAGACACGGUCUCCAUCACCAUAUACCAAAAGACGAAUGGCAGCACUCUCAGAGGAAGCAAAUCAGAGACUUGCACACCUAAAUCUAGGACCUUACCAAUUUAAAAAGGAAACCGAUAGCAAGCCUCCAUUUGUAAUAAGACAUAUUGAUCAUAAGUUGUUGCCCACAGAUGAUUUGUGCAUUACCUCAACCCUUUCUUCUAAGUCGAAUUAUCAAAAGAAUUGGCCUCUGGGUUCAUCAUUUUGUGAUGAUCCAUCACUACGUGGAAGCUACAGACCGAACAGGGCUUCAGAAAAUGUCAUCAAGAAGCCUCCUGAGAAAGAUCUAGAUGUUUUUUCUGAAGGCGCUGAUGCACAUAUGUCAGGACCAGCUGGCAGACAAUUCUCUCCUGCCACGGUAAUGAACUGUUCAACAUCAUAUUUCCAGAAGCAAAGCCCUAUCUUAAAGCGACUAUCUCUGCGAGAGAGAUUUUAUCCAGAGCCCUCUACACCAACAAAAUGGGAGGAGAUCCAUCAACGAGUAAUGAAUGUUUUGAAGACUAACAGUGCAAGGCAAAGGCUGACAUUUGAUUCUACUGCUGACACAGAUUAUCAUUCAGGCAGAAGAUCUGCCUUAUCUAUUGAUUCACUGAAUGAUACAACAGAUCAUCUCAGUUCAGCACUCCAGCACGACGCGUCUGUACAUCUGGGUGGUGGUGAUUAUUGGUCGAAUCGUGCUGCUCUUUAUAAAGGAAAGCCUCACAGGGCAAUUUUUGAAGAAAGUCUGGAAAAGAUCUAUAGAAAUAUGUACAAGAAAGCUGCUGAUAACACUUAAGGAUUGCAUAGACCAGUAUAUUUCAGACUAUUGUGUUCAUAACAGAUACGGUGCUUUUUCCCAACUUGUGUGUGUGCAUUAGAAUUGAUAAAUGGUAAUCAAUAAUUACUUGUAUUAUUAGCAUAUGUUUUCCCUAUAACAAGAAUUAGUGGUCAAUGAUAAUCGUAAUUACCUGUGUUUUUUUAAUAUAUAAAAAUUGAUACUAUCAGUAGAGUCCCUAUUGAUUCUGUAUUCUACAUUUCAAUACUUCUGUGUUAGGAGUGGAGCAUUCCAUUUAAGUGACCUUUACCGGGAUAAUUAAAAUAACAAAAUAUCAGUAAUUUUACCCCCAAUAUAAAGUGAUUAGUUUAAGAAAUAGUCAAAAAAAAUGUAUUGACAUGCUCAGGUUUUACACCAAAUUUUUUUUUAAUAUAUUGUGCCUUACUACUUGGAAGAGUUUGGAAAAACUGAUAGUUGUUAAUGAAGGUACUUGAAAUAUGUAUUCCUUGAUAGAGUAAUACAAAGUAAAUGCUUGGAUCAAAGGUAACGUGGUGGGAAAAAAUCUCUGCCUAAAAUCCAAAUAAUAUCCACUCAUAAGUAUGGUGCUUCACAUUGAUUAACUAUGUUAAGUGAAAAAUUGACUGUCAGUAAACGACAGCAGUCUGCUUUUAUGGAAUAUUGAUUCUCAGAAAAUACGAAUGUAUUCAAAAGGUCUUAUUUUUUUUGUAUAUACUAAACAUUAUGUAUUAAUAUUUAAAUAAUUUUAGAAUUCCUAAUAAGAUAUACAAACUUACUAUUAACAGUUUCAAUUUAUGGAUUUUUUGUUAUUUUGGCCUAGGUUUUGUAGUUGUUAUGACAGCAAAGGUAUCUACAAUCACCAUUGUUUCACUGAGAAACUGACAACAAAUUCAGAUUUCCACACGUGCAGUUUAAUGUGGGUGUCAGUGAUCUAGCCGUCUUCCACAGACUUGACAAGUUUUGCAUUUAUUUUAAAAAGUGAAUUAUUUACAUAUUAGUGCCAUUGUAAAAUACUAUAAAAAUGUACUAUUAUUAUAUGAGAUCUAAGUGACUUUUUAACUGGCUUACUGAGUCAUAAUUACCAAUUAAUAAGCUCACUGGACCUACAAAAUGCUUAUUUUAUGUAUGUGGAUUGUAAUUUCCUUACCGCAAUAUUUCAAAAUAUAAUGGA